AAUCAAGAUGUCCGUUUCCCUCUCGACUGAGGAUGUAGUGAACAGAGUGGCUGCUAAACCUUCCCUCAAAUUCCUUUCAAUUGUGGUUGGAAUCAUGUCCUUCCAGAUAAUGAAGGCUAUGGUAGCGUACUUCCCCAACCUUGGUGGGUAUAUACCGUAUGAAGAGUGGAGAUGUGUUGUGGGGAGCAUGACUUGUUACGAGAGAGUCAGCUUGUUCAAGAUACAGGAUUACAAAGCAUGGCCAGAUAAUAAAAUGGUUGAAUUGGAUGACCGUUGUAUGAUUACAGUAUCCAACAUUGAUACCAAACAAGCUACACUACAUCUUCACGGGCACUCUGGUAACGAUAUAGGAUCGAUUAACAUUCAGAGAAAAUCUGAGAAUCUUGUUAUCAGCAUCUCCUCAAACUCUAGUUGUGAUGAUCAGAAAAAGGAACUGUGUGAGAAGGAGAUAAAAGGUAAAAUAAUGGACCUCGACACUCUGGAGUGCACCUUACAGUUUGCAGGAACUAAAACCUCUGAAGAUAGAACCACUUUGACCUGCAAUGGUGUUAGGUUUGAUCUGAAAUCUGAGUUGGAUGAUGGAGAAGUCUACUCUCUGAUAGAUGCUGUACAAACUGUAAGGUUCAUAUCUGUUGAGGGGGAAGGAGAAUAUCAGCUUAACUGUCCUGGUACGUGUAUUUUAGAACCAACAAUUGAGACUAUUUACUAG